AUGGGGAGCAGCAGCCAGGAGGGGCUCCCGGGGCAGCUGAGCCUGGCGGGGCGAGAGAGGAGCCCCGGCCUGGAGGGCGGAGCGCCGCCCAGGGCGCUGCCGUUUACCGAUUCCUGGCCACAAGGCCCCAUCCAGGCCCCGCCCACAACCUCCAACCCAGCCCCGCCCAUACACCGCUGCCCCGCCCUGCCCCGGCCCCCGCCCCGCGCCGUCACCCCGCGCCCCCACAGAAUCAGCUCCUACUGCAAGAGCAAGGGCUGGCAGCGCAUCCAGGACGGCCGGCGAGAAGACUACAUGCUCAAAUGGUGCGAGGUCAAGAGCAGGGACAGCUACUGCAGCUUCCGCGAAGGAGAGCAGUUGCUGUACCAGCUCCCCAACAACUCGCUCCUCACCACCAAGAUCGGGCUGCUCAGCGUCCUGCGGGAGAGCUCGCGGGCCACGACCAAGGCUCCCAGGACUGAGCUGGGCCCCCAGCCCAAACAUGAGGAGGGCGCAGCGCCUGCCCUCGAGGAGUUGGAGUGGACAGGCAGCCCAGGACACCCCGGGCCACAGAGGGUCCUAAAGAUGGAGGAAUUUUUCCCGGAGACCUACCGCCUGGACAUCAGAGACGAGAGAGAGGCUUUCUUCACCCUGUUUGACGAAACCCAGAUGUGGAUCUGCAAGCCCACGGCCUCCAACCAGGGCAAAGGCAUCUUUCUGCUCAGGAACCAGGAAGACGCGGCUGCCCUGCAGACCAGGACGCAGAGCUCAGAGGACGACCCCGUCUACCGCAAGAUGUGGUUCCGGGUGCCCCAGGCGCGGGUCGUGCAGAGGUGUCGGGCCCGCACUAUAGGGCUGCGCUCGGGUGGGGCUGCCCUGGGCCCUGCAGAGGUACCCCAGUACCCAAGUGACACGCUGGGCGGCGACCGGGGUGUGGGGGGUCAGGUGUCCUCGGGCUGCCCAGGCCCCUCGGUGUGA